AACUACGAAAGGAGGAAGAAAAGGUAAUGUAUUCUAUUUUCUUAUGAUCAACUGGAAAAUGAUGGAUUUAACUCUCUUUCUUUUCUUUUAUUUUUAAUUUUUGGAUUCAUAUAGCUCCGUGAAAUUGAAUUGAAGGUACAACGCGAAAUCCAAGAAAAGAGAGCUGAACUAUUAAGCAAGGAAGAAGCACUACGAAACUUGGAAGCAAGAUUGGCUCAAGCUCAAUUGGCCGAUGAAUGAUGAAUUAGUUGGCAACUUGAUGGUAUGACAAGAUUCCUUAUGUCUUCAUUUAGUUAUUUAUUCUUUUUUUCUUUCUUAUUACUUACGUCUUUAUUACUUCCUCUCCCCAGGCACACACAUGCAAAACAUAACUUUUUUUCUUUCUUUUUUUUUUCUGCACCUUUUCUUUAUCUCCCUAUAUAUUAUAUCAUAUCACUUAUAAUCUAGUUUUAUUGUUUUCCCUUUUUUUUCUCUCUCUCUCUUUCUCUCUCUUUCACUCAAACACACACACACUCUCUCUGAUUCUCUCUUUUUUUUUAUAUAUUCAAAAAA